AUGCCGGAUGAUGGUUUGCUUGUUGAGGAAAGAUUGUCAUAUGAGGGAUUGAUUAGUAAGAUUUGUAUGACACUUGGUUGGGAUCCAGCACACGUGAAACUCCACCUUUCUUUGAUUCUCGAUAGUUCCGGUGGUAGGCGUGUAGUGAAGAUCAAGAAUGAUUCGCAUGUAAAGUUCAUGAACCGUGUAGAUCCAAUGUCAUGUUUGGAUUUAUACAUAGAUUUGGAAGAUAUCACUCAUGAAGAAAGAGAAGCGAGUUUGGAAAACAACGUGUCAUUUGGUGGUUUUCCAAGGGGGGGACGUGCUAGUACUUCUCGAAACCGUGAUGAAGAGGAGACACCUUUAUUUACACAAGAUGACUACCGGGAAGAGUCGGAUCCCGACUACAUAGCUCCAAGUGAAAGCGAAGAAGACUGUGAUGUCUCCAGAGAGAGUUAUUUUGAAGAAAGUGAUGAUGAAAGGUUGGAAAAUGAGGAAAGGGAUUGUAAUCCAUUGUCCCGACGCCAUGUAUGGGCGUAUGAGCGGAUCGACAGAAUCGCGUCACAAAGAAAAGGAGUAGAUUAUUUGAUUGAUGAGACCGCUCCAUUAGCUCAGCAGUGGGAAUGUAGGUACACCUACGGAGACGCCCCAAGGAGCAGUACCCCACCUUUUAGAGAUCAAUUAACAAGCCUACAUGUUGAAGAUUUUCGAUUCAAUCCCACGGAGGAGGAACUCGUGAGCCAUUACCUCAAGAACAAGAUUCUGGGCAUCCCUUUAACGGAUUCCGAUUCACAGUUCUUAAUCGACAUGGACAUGUACGGCAAGGACGCCACUCCCUGGGAGUUGUUCUGUUCCGACCAAAAGAAUCGGUUUAUUAUUCCAUGGCUUCCCUCCUUUGAUCCCUCGGGAAACGUGAAGGUUUCAGAGGCGGUUCUUUAUGUUCUGACCAAGCUUUCUAAUGUUGGGAAAACAGAGAAAUCCGAGAAGAAGCAGAAGAACAGGGUGGCCGGAUGUGGAACUUGGCAUGGAAAUAGAACGAAAGAGCCGGUCACCGAAGCUGAUGAGAACGGAGAGUAUUCCAGAGUGAUCGGAUUCCGGCGAUCUUUCACUUUCAGGUCUUCAACCCACGAAACAGUGGGACAAUGGAAUAUGAUGGAAUACAAUAUCAACCCGGUAGCCCAUAACAUCAAUCCUGCCCAAUUCGAUUGGGAGGAUAUCGUCUUGUGUAAAAUCAAAAGAGACGACUCAAAGAGUUCCUUGGGUGGAAGACUGGUUUCUAGAAAGAGGAAAUUUUCGGGUUCUGAUACUGAUACCAAAUCAAGAAAGAUGGUGAUUAUGUCAUCGCCAUCAACUUAUUCGUAUUCAUCAUCAUCUCAGAUAUCGAGUUAUAGUGAAGAUGAGAGACAGAGUAUGAAUAAUAAUAGCCUCCAAGGCAAUUGCAGUAAUGGAUCUCUGCUGGACUCCAGCGCUAAUUAUGAUCCGGAAGCAUUGCAAGAGACAAUUCCGGGUCUUGAAGAUUCAGAAACUGUGGUGGAAAACUAUUCAAUAAAUGAGGAAGACUUGUCGAACUCGGACCUUUGGUUCGAAUUGGACGAAUUCCCAAAGCAAUUAGGUCUUGGCGAAAAAUUCAAGCCUAUAUAUAGGAGGCUUGGCCGAAUUUUAGAAGCACCCUUGAGUGUUGAUUUUUUAAAUCAAGUUGACCACGAAAUUGAUUUCAAAGGAUACGCCUCUACAGUCCAGUCUGUACAGCACAGAAAUGAAGAAUUGAUCGGCCACUUUUUGAGAAACACCAUCCUUAGACAGCCUUUAUCGCCAUCGGAAUCCAGGGUUGUGAUAUACAAGGAGAUGUACGGAAAAGAAGCAACUCCCUGGGAGUUGUUCCAUUAUGAAGUCGAUGAAAAUAACCAGUUGCUUCUUCCUUGGGUAACCAACGUCGAUCCUUUGGGGAAAAUCGAGGCAGAUAUCGACACCGAAUCGAGCGACGCUUCCAUUGGAGGCAGGCUUGUUUCUACUUCCGCAAGUUCCGCGACUUCAAUGGAUCAUGGAAUUUCAAAAGUUGUGGCGGCGCAAGAACCGUCAUGGGCUGCCUCAGUAGUUGAUAAUACUAUGAAUAACAGUGUGUUUUCAUCGUGGGGAGACCAAUUUCAGCAACAACAACAAUAUCUUCAACCAGUGAUGAUGAUGCCCGCGGGAGUGGUCCAUAAUCAAGAACCUGUAAAUGGCGGAACUGAAAUCAACACGUUUCUGUCGUCUGGACAGACUCAUCAUCAGCCGGCAGCCGGGUUGUCGGGAGAAACAAUGGAUCAAUUAUAUGAACCUCAACAAGAACAAUAUCUUCAACAAUUGGGGAGAAUUGUGUCGUCGGAGGAGAGUAUGCCACCUCUUGUGGAUGCUGAAGAAAAUGUCUUCAAUGAUAAAGAGUUUUUGGAUAUUGGAGACGACUUCUUUGAUGUGGAGGGGAUCAUCAAGUACCUUAAUUCAAAUACGACAGAUGAUAAUGUGGCAGACCAAGAUCCAAAACAUCAUCACUUGUUCCAUGAUCCCACCAAGACCUUGUCCAACUACCAGCUACCAUCACCCGCCAACAACCACGUCGAAGACACAUUGAAGCUGAAGCCGCCUCCGCCUCCUCCUAGUCGACGUUGGAGUAAAUAUGAUGCUGAUUUUGGAUUUUUGUUGGCCAAAAAGAAAUAG